AUGUUGAUUUUGGGCUCAGUGGAACAAUACCAUUUGAGACCCUUCUGUGGUUCUUUCGGAACGUGGACACACUGCCUAAAGGGAGAAGAUGCUUUAUGCCCGCAGCGAGUGAAACUCGCUUCGGCAGAUUUUGACCGCUUAGAGAAGGAUGACAUCAUUUUGAAGUGGCGUUUGCAAGAGGAUUACAUCGACUUCUUGGAGGACAGAGUGAAUGCCACUACAUCUACGAGCUCGAAUGACGAGCAAGUGGAUAAGCUAAAAGCCCAGGUGAAUGAGCUUGCGAAACGUGAAAAUGUGCUAGCCAUGCGGCUUGUUACCAAGGAUCAGGAGCAGCAGGAUCUUUUGAAUCAAAUUUCGGACCUUAAGAGUGCCGCAGCGCCCGGGGCUUCUGCCCUUCACUCUCAUCUUGUCGAUCCUGCUGUGAAUUAUGUGUUUUGGAGUAUCAAAAAAGAGCAACAGGCGAUGAAGCAGAAACUGGAGGAUACGCAGAACGAAUUAAAAGCCUGGAAAUUCACGCCAGAUAGUCAACGAGGGAAAAUGUUGAUGGCCAAGUGCCGUCAACUUCAUCAAGAGAACGAAGAGCUUGGUAAAGAAAUAUCCUCUGGCCGUCUAGCAAAAAUUGAGGGUGAAUUGGCGAUUCAAAAGAACUUCUGUAAAGAGCUCAAGAAGACACAGACUGAAUUAGCGGAGCUGUUGGGAGAUCAAGACGAGGAUAUCGAAGGGAUGCAAAGCGUUAUUUACCUGCUGCAACGACAAGUGAAACAGCUCAAAGAGGAGAACUCUCAGUUGAAAGCCGCGCAAGUGGAGCCAGGUGCCAUCGACAAUGACGUGGACAUGGACAUCGGCUUCAAUGAAGUGGUCGCUGUACCCAGCGAUCGCAAAGUGGUGCUGCCAAGUGUCCUCGACCACAAUGACGUCGAUGAAGAGGACGAGGACUUGCCAACUGACAAGAGCGAAGAAGCCGAGGCCCGCGUCAUCAAUGGGAUCAGUGGUGCAGACGUAGAAGAAGAAGAAGAAGAAGACGACGUCGUUGUUGGCGGAGACGUGGUCGAAGCAGACAGUGACAUCAAAGAAGACAAUAACACUAACACGCGGAAAUUGACUCAGUCGGAACUGGUGUCGAGCUCGCGGGACCGUGACCAGUACCUCAACAAUAAGGGGGCUUUGUCGUCGCUGUAUGAAGUGUCGUCAACAAAGCGGACUCAAACCGGGGGAGCGACAUCUUCCCUGCUUCGCUCCCCCGUUGUUGUCGUCAGUGUGGGUAACAGUGGUGGUGGUGGUGACGACGGUGACUCUGUGUCCGUCGCCGAUGACGCGCGCGAUCGGUUCCGAUGGACUUCGUCGCAAGAGCAGCCAGUGUCGAGCUCAAAUGUGGCCCUACCGCGGAACAAGCGCGUGCUCAAUGGCGGCGCUUCUUCAUUGUCACUUAUGUCGUCGUCGUCGUUGUGUAAGCAAGUUCGGGUGAGUGACGAUGAAGCUGUAACGCAAGACGGUGCCGUCGAUGGGAGUGACGUGAGUGGGGAAGCCGUCGGGCUGCAGGAAGAGCCCGACGAUGAGGGCUCCCAGGUCCUGGGUGUGCCUUUUGCGUCCAAUGACAGCAAUUCCUUGUGUAAUGGUCUGUCUUAA